AUGCCAAACUAUGCAAAGUUCGUGAAAGAGGUGAUUUCAAAGAAAAGGAAAUUAGAAAAAUACGAAACGGUGAAGUUGACAGAAGAAUGCAGUGCAAUUCUUCAAAAGAAGCUCCCUCAGAAAAGGAAGGAUCAAGGUAGCUUUACCAUUCCCUGCACUAUUGGAGACUCCGCUUUUGAUAAAGCUCUUUGUGACCUUGGAUCCAGCAUAAAUCUGAUGCCACUCUCAGUAUUUAAGAAAUUUUGUAGUGUUGGACAUGGAAGAAGAUUAAGAAAUUCCACUGAUCCUAGGCAAACCUUAGCAACAGGUAGAGCUUUGAUCGAUGUCCAAGGAGGUCAGUUGACCUUGAGAGUAAAUGAAGAAAAGGUGAGGUCAAUAGCUACCAGGGAUGAAGAAGAUAGAUUAUUAAAUGUGCUGAAAGAACACAAGGCAGCGUUAGGGUGGUCUAUAGCUGACAUUAAGGGUAUAAGUCCCACUAUAUGCAUGUACAAAAUUCUCAUGGGAGAAUCCUAUAAACCAUCAAUUGAGCACCGAAGAAGAUCAAAUCCAGCAAUGAAAGAAGUGGUACAGACAAAUAUCUUUUGGGUUGUGCAAUGCACCAACAACAUUCUAAAGAUGCAUGAUGACGAUCUUUGCAGAUAUGAUAAAAGACAUCAUGGAGAAAAGAAUUUAGUUCUUAACUGGGAGAAGUAUCAUUCCAUAGUACAAGAAGGCAUCAUUCUAGGACACCAAGUGUCAGCAAGGGGACUCGAAGUGGAUAGAGCAAAAAUCGACACAAUAGCAAAACUGCCACCACCCAUCAAUGUCAAAGGCAUUAGAAGUUUUUUGGGACACGCUAGGUUUUACAGAAGGUUUAUUAAAGACUUUUCAAAAAUUGUUAAACCUUUGUGCAAACUUUUAGGGAGAGACACCGCAUUUGUGUUUGAUGAAAGUUGCCUAAGAGCAUUUGAAGCAAUAAAGGAGAAAUUGGUCACAGCUCCAGUAAUGGUAGCUCCAGAUUGGGGUCUACCAUUUGAAGUCAUGUGUGAUGCUAAUGAUCAUGCAGUUGGGAUAGUUCUAGGACAAAGGCAUGAAAAGACAUUCCAAGCAAUUCACUAUGCCAGCAAAACUUUGAAUGAAGCUCAACUGAAUUACACAACAAUAGAGAAUAAAAUGCUAGCAGUGGUUUUUGCUUGUGAUAAAUUUAGGUCCUAUCUCAUUAGUACUAAGGAUAAAAAAGGUACUGAGAAUGUUGUUGCUAAUCAUCUUUCACGGCUAGAGAAAGAGAAUGUGACAAAGAUUCAAGAAACCUUUCCAGAUGAAUUUCUUUUGGCAAUUUCAACACUAACUCCAUGGGACAUGCUCAAAUAUGAUCGCAUCAACACUACAUUCAACAUGGGAAAGGGAGUAAAUUGA